AUGGACGACAUAGGAAACGAGUCGGAUGCGUACAGCGAGUAUGGUUCAGGAGAAGAGGCAGAAUCGUCAAGCGGUGGUUCCAUCCCAGAGCCGAUUACUUACAACACGGAAGAUUUCGUAUCGCAGCCCAGGCUUUCCGAGCACGGGACGGUUCCUCAGAACAUACUGGAAUUCGACCACUCGUUUGGCUACGACUGUCGAAAGCGCUUCAACCUCUGCGCGGCCGAUCCCGACACUCUCAUUUUCGCAUCCGGCAAUUUGAUACACUUCCUCGACGUGCCGGAAAAUAAACUCACAUUCCGACGCUCUUCCACCGGCGGUGGUAUCGGCCACAUCACCAAAAAUCCGGCGUUCAAUCACAUCGCCAUCGGUGAGAACGGAAUAGAUCCUCCUGUAAUUAUAUACGAGUGGCCUGGCAUGGAAAUCGUGAGCGUCUUGCUCGGCGGCACCACCCGUUCUUAUUCUCACUUGCGUUACAGCCCGGACGGCGAGCAACUGGUGACCCAGGGUGGCGAGCCGGACUACCUGAUAACCAUAUGGAACUGGCGGUCGUCGAAGGUGGCCCUGCAGUGCAAGUCCCACGGACAGGACGUGUACAACGUGGUGUUCUCGCCGACGAUGCCGGGCCACAUGACCUCGUGCGGCUCGGGGCACAUCAAGACCUGGAAAAUGUCCGGUACGUUCACGGGCCUGAAGCUACAGGGGGAGCUCGGCCGGUUCGGCAAAACCGAGAUCUCGGAUAUCGUGGGCGUGUAUCCGAUGCCCGACGAGAAGGUCAUUUCGGGCUGCGAGUGGGGCAACAUACUCGUGUGGGACGAGGGAUUGAUAAAGAUCGAGGUGCGCAGGAAACAGAACAGGCCCUGCCACGCGGGCUACGUGUCCCAAUUCGAAUACAUCAGCGACGAGCUUGUUUCCAUUGGCACCGACGGCCGUAUAAACUUUUGGUACUACGAGACGAUCGAUCUGGCGGAGCAGUCGGAGGACAACCACUACCUCGAGGUCGAACCGAUCUACGAGGUCGUGGUAGAGGAGGGCGAGGACACGGCGAUGCUCAUGCAGAUACUAAAGCGAGAGCCCGCCGAUCCCGAUGACGCUCUGUGGUACGCUCAGGACGGCAACGGGGGCCUGUGGCUGGUCGACCUGUCGACCAUGCGGACCCCCGAGGCCCCCAAAAAGCUCCUGAGAUGCCACGCGGGACCUAUCAUGGACAUGGACGCUGCCGAUUGGGGACCAUACGCCGCGACCAUAGGCCAGGACGGCCGGCUGCACGUCUACGACUACCUCGAGAAGAGGCUGCUGCUCGCCCACCGGUUCCUCGAUCCCGGCUCCUGCCUCCUCUGGCUCCCGUGUUCGGUCGAACCGAGUGGCUCGACGCUCGUCUGUGCCUUCGGCACCGGAGUCCUUCGCGUGGUGAUCGUUGAUCCGACAAAGGCCACGACCCCGAGGUUGAUCCAAGUUCUGAAGCCGCACGUGAAGAGCGUCACUCGCGUCUCGACCAACCCGUCCAACACUGUAUUGGUGACGGGGAGCGAGGAUAUGACCGUGUUCGUGUUUCGAAUCGAGAGGCAGGAGAAGUCGUACCCGGUUCUGGUGCCGAUCGGCUACCUGAGGCUCCCGUCGGGCGUCACUUUUGUCACCUGGAAGCCACAGACCAAGUCAACGGUGCUGGUCGGGUGCUCGAGGGGAGACUGCGUGCAAGCGGACCUCCCAGAAGAAGUCCAAGCGUACACGACGAUUUCUUACGAGCUGACCGAGUGCGAGCCGAUCGCGUUCAAGUUCGAGUCCGUGAAGUCGUCGAUACUGAGGGAACAAGCUCGCUUGGCGAACGAGAGACGGAGGCAGGAGAGGAUAGCCGAGCUGAUGGCCGAGUUGGCGUCCAUGAGGGAGAAGGAUCCCAACCUCGAGCUCGACGAGGACGUUUUUUUCGAAUCCGAGCUGGAAGAUGAGCCCCCGCUUCCGGAGAUUUACGUGCCGGAAGUGCCCAACGGCGUGCUGGCGGCCUUUUACACGACGAGGGACACUCUGCUGCUGUCAAUUGCCGGAUACGACGCCGGCUAUACGUACGAGUACUCCAAUCCCCAGCUCGAUCAACAGCCCGCGCUCGUCGGCAGUAAUUUAGUCGUCGACAGCGACGACCAGGAGAUUCGCAGCUUUCUGUUCUUGAGCGAGCGAAAGUACAUAGUCCUGGGAAUGGAACGCGGUGAGAUCCGGGUGUGUCGGACGAACCCGCGCGAGGAAGCGGACUUUUCCGACUAUUGGCUACUGCCGAUGCACGACAACGACAACGGCCACGUGUCCAGCAUGCGCUUGGGCUGCGAGGGCAACGUGCUUUUGACUUGCGGCUACGACGGCAGCAUCUUCUCGUUUGCCGUCAACGACGACUCGGGUAGACGAACCGCCCGUGUCCGCUCCACGGCCGAUGUACCGGAUAUCGAGGAUCUGGAUCAUCCGAGUUUGGAGGAGGUCAUCGUGCAGGCCGAGCGGGACAGAGUCAUGCGCAACGCCAAGGAAGACAAGGAGCACACCCUGGCAGUACUGCGCGAAUUGACCGAAGAGUUCAACUCGAUUUUGAAGAGGAACGGUAGUUUGCCGCAGUCGCAGAGGCUCACCGACGACGAGCUAGAGCUGGACCAGAGGAUCACGGUGGACCUGGACCGCGAGCUAGAGGCGCAGAUGGAGCUCGUGCACGACAAGUUGGCCCACGAUCUGGAAAAGAGCAAGCUGAGGCUGAAGAAGCUCAUGGACCACUUUGUCGAGCCGAUCACGUGUUUGUCCUUCGUGGUGAAAAAGAUAUCGGACCCGAGCUCUAUGGUUCACUCUCUGAGGGAGCUGAAGCUGACGGGUGACUAUGCUGUUGGCCAAUCGGACAGCUCGAGGAACGACGAGCACCAUCAGGACGGCGCCGCGCCAGCGAACGAUCAGCAGAGUUUGUUGACCCUGGAUUCCGCCAGGACCGCCAGCACAUUAGGCUCGGGCGGCAGCGACCGCGAGGCUGGGGCGCCGGUUCCCGGGAUGGAGAGUUUUCUGAAGGGCCUGAGCCCGGAAACGAUCCAGUUCCACUUGGGCGACGAGAUAAACCAGCUCUUGAAAAAAUACCGAUCCCUCAAGGGCAAGCUCGAAGAGCAGGAGCAGGAGUGGAAAACCCUGCAGUCGGAAAAGCCCGACCCGAAAGCCGUGAAUUCCGAGGACAAGGAAGCGAUCGAGCGCUCAAAGAGCACCGUGGGCGACUACAAGCUCAAGGUCCUGCUGGACGUGGACCCGGAGAACCGAGCGACCGUCGAGAGCAAGUACAAACAGAUUGUCGAUUGCAGGCGAAAGAUACACUUCCGCCGCGAGGACUUUAACACCAAGCUCCGAGAGCUACGGGCGAGGAAGGUCGAGCUGCAGGUGGAAGUCGACCUGUUGCUCAAGCGGUUGAAAAAAAUCCACGACGAGAUACCCGAGGAACAGGCGAAGGCGCUGCCGAAACCACCCGCCAUCGAUCACGACGAGGAGUUUCCUGAAAAAAAUCUCGAGCUCGAGUCGUACGUCCCGACGUCGGAGCGCAUCAAAAAGUCAAAGAAGAGGCGGCUGUCGUCCAUCACGACGCAAAUGACGGUCGACGAUUCGGACGAGGAGUACGAGAUCCUGCUGAUGGACGAGGCGCGCUUUCGGCCGAACGAGUGCUGCGGUGGUCCUGGAGACGGCGGGGGAAACUCCGUUUUUGCCUUGGACGAGAAGCAACAGGUGCAGGUGAUCCCGUGCGUCGUGCCGCUGGAGCUUAUAGCCGCGCUGCAACUGCCCGACAAGAGUGACAGCAAGUUAGAGCGCGAGAUGAAGCGGGCGCGCAUGGCGCGGAAGAUCCACGAGCAGGACGAGAUCCUGAGCCACAUAAGCCGGAGCUACGAGGCCUUCGACGAGGAGCUCGGGCGCCUCGAGGGUGAGCGGCUCGACAUCGUUUACGAGAGCGUCUACAUGGACCUGCACCUGCUGACGAUGCACCAGGAGCUCAUUGUCCUGAAAAAGUUCGAGGGCAUGGAGAAGGAGUUCUCGAGAAAGGUCGACGAUCAAGUCAAGACCAGGACCCUCGUGGCGAAGAAGAUCGAAAAACUAGCGAGGAAAGUUGAGGAGAAGAAAAACUCCGUGGCGAGGCUGCGGGAAAAAAUCAAGGAGAACACGGCGCGCUACCUAAACUCCAUCGCCGGGCACAAGUACUACGUUUUCCUCAAGAAAAUCUGCAAGAAAAAGUACAGCGCUCCAAAACCCCACGACGACCACGACGACGAUGCCUCAUCCUUUUCGUUCGAGAAUAACAGCAGCAGCAGCAGCAGCAGCAGCAGUAGCUCCGAAGACGACCCGAACGACCCAAGGUACUCGAGCUCGAGUGAUUUCGACAGCGAGAGGGUCGCGCUACUACACAUGACAGAGACCGAGUGCCCGGACGAUCUCGAGCGCGAGAUCUACGACGAGGCGUUUGCGGUGCGCGAGACUCGAUACGCGGAGGAGCACCGGAUACAGGACGAGUGGCGCAGUGCGGAGCUGCUGCAGGAGGAGCUUGAUGCUCAGCGCAAUAGGAUCGAGACCACGGAGAUCGAGCUAAAGGCCGAUCGCGCCCAAUUGCAGGCCCUCCUGCGGGAAAAACAAAAACAGCUCAACGACAUCGACGUCACGGUUAUCAUGAAGCUCGACCAACUGCAGCUGUUCACCGGCGAGGCUGACAAGCCGGAGAGCAUUCAAAACUGCAUAGUCUUCGACAAGGAUCGGCUCUCUCGGCUCUACGCGAGGGUCGGCGAACUGGAGCAGGAUACGAGGGAGCUGCAGGAGAAGCACAGGAACGACAAAGGGCACCUCCGCAAGAUCAAGGUAGAUUGCGAGUCCAUGAGGAAGGAGCUGGAAGCUCUGAAGGAGCAGACACAGAGGGAGAUGGAGCAAAAGUUUGGCCAGCAAGUGUCCCUCGUCUCACUGUACGAGGCGGUGCUCAAGAGGUUGAUCCACAACAUCAAGGCCAAUACGAGCUCGCUGAUGAAGUUUUACGACGACAAGAUCAAAGUUAUCAGGAAGGAGUACAAGGAGCAACUCCAGGUGCUCAAGGAUUUGAUUCAAGACAAUACGGAGAAGCUGAGUUUUCUCACGGUUUUGGAGGAGGAGCUCUUCAAGCUGCACAAGAUGCAAAAACUCAAAAUCAUACCCGAGGAAGAGAUAAGCAAAAUAGAAUCGCAAUACAAGUCGGAUCUGAGCAAACUCAAGGCCAUGCUGAAGAACCAAGAGAAGCAGAAGGAGAGCAUUUCCAGGGACAUAAGAUCUCUGAGCCUCAAAACAAAGUGUUUGCAACCGGAGGUUACUGAACGCAAAAAGCCGGACAAGCCAACGGGAUCUGGGCCGAAAAGUGCGGGGAAAGUGGACGAAUCGAAGCCAGCGAGUUUCGAAGACAAAGAAAUCACCGUCGACGACUGUGAACACUUUAAAAAAGUCAUAGCUAUACGGCACCUGUUGUCGCAAAUCACAGCCGUGGACGAUGUCAAUACCAAGGAAACGGUGGAAAAAAUGUUGAGAGAAGUCAUUGGCAAACUGAAACGGGCCGGCUGCUGCGAAGAGGAGAUUAAAAAAAAUAUCAGCGAGAUCAUGCACAUGUCGGAUGAAGAGCAAGAAUCGUCUCAAAUUGACAACCUGUUUAGCAGCGAGAGUCUCGCUGACAUAAUUCACCAGUACGAUGAAAAGACAAAUGAUAUUUCGUUUGCCGAGGAAAUCAAUCCCGAAACUUACGGUAGAUUGAGAGAAUUGUUUUCCAGUGUGGGCAUUAAAGACGAAACUGGAAGUAUAGCACUGACGAUAGUGAAGAAUUUGAAAACGAGCGGAGAGGUGGCUUCUGCCUUGAAGUAUACCUUGAGAAAAUUACCGAAUACCAGCUACGAAGUAAAAACAACUCUGCGGGAACAUAUAAAGCACUCGUUGAUGGAAAUCAUGAAUAACAUCACACUACAGUUAUUUACAAUUAAAUCUAGUAGUAAUGUUAUUCUCAACAUAACAGUUUCCAUCUACACAUAUUCUAAACGAAUCUAUCUUGUCUUUACAUUGAUUUAUUUUACAAGUCCUUACAAAUAAAUUGUUUAUCGAU